AUGGUCUUCAAACUUCAUUCUCUGUUCUAUUUGUCAAUAUGUGUGCUAGUGGGGGAAGCGUCGUGCGGCUCCAUUGCCGCGUGGUGGAACUCACGAGGACCGAGUAUCAUACUGCAGGACGACGACACGGGUGGAAUUCGAUACAGUCUUUGCAACGGCAACUACACGCCGAUCUUGCCCGACGACACGACCAUGACAAUGCCGUUGGAUAACAACCCGCCCAAAAAGAACUCGAGCCUGUCUGCUACCGGAUGGAUGGACGGCACGACCAGCUGGGUGUCCAUGUUUUACAUGGACAACAACGACGACAUUGUCAAUUCUCUCUUGAAAUGCGAUUGGGACACUGGGCGCUGGCAGAACACGGGCGAUUAUGUCAUAUCGAACGGCGCACCCAAGGUGGCGCCCACCUCGACCGUCGCCGCGACACUCUUGGGUUCAACCGAUGGCUACCGAGUAUUCUACAACGACUUGAGCGGUGUCAUGCACGAGAUUGGAUAUACAUCCGAUUCGCAGAAAUGGGGCUACUAUGGCGUGGUAUCACAUGACGUAGCUUCGUCCCAGGCCAUCAGCUCGGUGUAUUCUGGCAGCGACGGUAACAUCACCCUGGUGAGGCCGCGGGACGAGAAGAACAUAGGAGUGUCCAGAUAUUACAGUGACGAGACCUGGCACCUGGAGAGCUUUCCAGAACCGUUGACCAAGACUGGAAACCAGAGUACGAAUGCGACGUCCGCAAGUGACUUGAAACUGGAUUCCAUCGUCACUUCAUACAGCCUGCCGUCUUGGGAUGGUACCGCAACGUCGAUCGCGGCUGGCAUUGACAAUUCAUUGACCCGCUACGUCUUCUAUAUAGGCACCGACAACAAGUUGUACCAGGUGUACAAUGGAAACUCCGGGUGGCUCAUGUCAACCCGGGCCGAUGACAGCUCCUGGCCGCAAGCCGACACGGCCGGUGGUCAGCUCGCCAUUGCCAGCGAUUACACCACACAAGCCAUCCGUCUGUAUUACAUGAGUGGAGGCAAGGUCGUCGAAGCAGCCAGCAACAAUGGCCAAUGGGCCGCGUCCACCGUGCUCCCGUCCUCCAACACAACCCAGGCGCAAACAACCUCUUCGACCGGAACAUCAGCAAGCGCCACGCCUUCAUCGCCCUCGGCCGAUGAUGACGAGGGAGGACUCAGCGGGGCUGCCAAGGCAGGCCUAAGUGCAGGUGUCACACUGGGCGUGAUCGCGCUCGGAGGUAUGCUCGCCGCCUUCUGCUUCCUACGCCGCCGACAGCGCAAGCUCGACGAAGCCGCCAAACAAGGCGAGGGCAUGCAGUACAUGAGCCCAGCCUCGGCGCACACGUAUCCCGCAACGUACAGCCAGUCGGGCACGUAUGUCAACACGGAGAACGGCGCAUUCCCGCCGGGCCAUCCGGGCAGUCCACAAGACACGUAUACGGGCCAAAACGGCUACCCGAUGCCGACCGUGCCCUCGUACGCCCAGGCCCAAGGAUACCCGCAGCAGACAGGACCAUACGGCGGUGACCACAGCGCAGUCCCGCAGACGGCAUACACGCAACCGCAGCCGGGCUUGGUCCCGCAAGACGGGUGGACGUACCCCAACACGUCACCGACCGAGGCCACGCAGCAGCCGGGCCAGCAGCAAUUUCAGCAGCAAUUCCAGUAUUUUCAACCCCAACCCCAGCACACGAAUCCGCAGGAGAUGCCAGAGCAACGGCGGCCGGUGGAGAUGAUGGGCGAGGGCCACUACAAGGAGGCGCCUUGA